AAUAGGCAGCCAUUGAAGUGAUUUUAAGACAGGUGUAAUGUGGUCACUUCUAGAUUUUCCCAUGAUCAACCUGACUGCCAUAUUCUGCAUUAACUGAAGUUUCCGGUCUAAGCGCAAGGGUAGCCCCACGUAGAGCAUGUUUCGGAAGUUGAGUCAUAAGGUAACCAGAGCAAGUACCACACAGUUUCCAGGUUCCUCAGCUGCAGGAAAGAAGGCUGUGGAAAGAAUCCAACCUUUUUCUUAAAUGGAAAGGCCUUUAUCAUUGAAAGGCACUUGCUCUUUAUAAGUACCCUGUAGAUUGAACCAGGUACCCUGCAUAGUUUAGUAAGCUACCCCAGGACCAGCACUCUGAUAUUGCCACCUGGCAUUUUCUGAAGUCGCUGGGGUCUACCCUGGUUGAGUGAGCCAGCAUUUUAAAUUUUACCUAAGUCAUGUUUGGAAAGUUGUAGCAACCUAUGCAGCUAUCAAGUAAGCCUGCAAGCAAGUAGGUGUGGUCCAUAUUCUCUGUUCCUUCAUAUUAAUUACUUUCUUCUACCCCAAACCACUGUAGUUGGAUGAGUGGAGAAACAGCAGUGAUGUUGGGGGUUCUAUCUUUUCCCUUAUGAAGCCAUAUUAAGCAAGGCUUUGGCACAGACAAGUUAUAUUUUAUUUGUCAGCUUCUUACCACUUUUGUCUUUCCCCUCUCCAUUUUCUGCCAUCUGUGCCCAGAGCUUUGGACAGUUACUUUGGACUAUGACACCCCUAAUUCCUGUAGCUGUGGAUUCUGGAAGGUGUAGUAAAAAAGAUUUAUUUUAGAACAACAUGCCUAUUAUAAAAGUGCCAGUGGUACACAAAUUUGGUAUUGUGUCCCGCGAUGAACAUAAAAAACUUCAGCAGAAAUUGUUGGCUAGAUAUCUGAAGGAGAGUUUCCUUAAGAGUGAGAAAAAGAAGCACAAAAACCCAUUUGAACUUACAGAAGAAUUCAUUGAGGAUUUCAAUGACUCACUGAAAACAGAAAGAAACGAGAAAUUCAUAGAACUGGCUAAAAAAAUGCUUGCCAGAUGCAAGAGACGAUCAGGUCUUAGUACAUUUGGCUGUGGGAAGUAUGUUAAUCUUCCAUUUGCAUGGACUGAGGCUAUUAUUUUAUCACAGUGCAAAGGAAAUAUCAAUGAAGAAGCUCUUGAAAUUCUUCUAAAUUCCUUGGAUCAUGCUCCAGUUGCUAUAGAUCAUGUCCCAGUUUUGUUUUUCAUCGCAGAAUCCAUAUUGUAUAAACUCUGUUUUGAUGCAGUAGAGAAACCAUAUCUAUUCUCAUGUGAAAUCAAGUUUUCCAAGAUUGGAUUUUUGGUGCUUUUAAGGCUUCUACUACUACAUUUCUUUGGUUGGCAGAGUUUUUCUGCAGAACACAAAUCAAGGCUUCAUACUGGUUUAAAAGCACUUGUAGCUUGUGAAACCUGCUAUCAACAUUACCCAAAUAUCCUUUUCAUGGUACAUUUCAUAUUGAAGGCGGGAGAAACUAUCUGUGAAAAUGUGGUAAUUUCUGAUUCAUCAUUAGCAGCUCAUGCAAAUUUGGAAGAAAAACAGGAGCAAAAAUUUCAUGACGCAUCACCCAUGAGUACUGGCAGAGCAGCAGAAUUAAAUCCUGAACAAAGACAGUUCAAAAUUAAGCCAUUUCUCUGGCACAGCCUUCUUGUUUGGGUUUGUGUACAUAACAGCUGCUCCGAAAUAGACGAAGUGCUCAGGCAUGUCUUAUUCUAUAAGGAACAGCUUCAUCAGAAAGACUGGUUGGAAUCAGUACUGGGCUUGAUGGUCCUUGGAGAGGCUGCCAAAUUGAACUUGUCCUGCUUGAAAGUUUUAAUGGACCUAAUGACAGAUUUUAUUUCAAGCUCUAUGCCUCUUUGUAAACAGCAAAGGAGCAACAAGGAAAAUUUCUUACAUUGGCAGUGGCAAGUGGCAUACAUAUACACCAGUAUACUGAAAGAAGUUUGUUUACAUGGCAUUAGUGCAGAUUUGCAAAAAACUGCUUUUCUUGGAUUCUGUGACUGUAUCAAGGAGUGUAAAGAUGAUAAAGAAUUAAGAGGAGCAAGUCUUCUUGAUCUUCUGUGCUACUGCACUUCAUCUGAUGAUUGUCAUGAUCCAUUCUGGGUUAUUCGUUAUGGUGUGAUCUACAAUCUAGUUAUGCUGCGGGGUGAACUUUCUGGGGACGUGAAUCGAGAAGGAUUGAGGAAUGCUGUGUGGAGAGCUUUACAGAAACAAAAGGACAUUGAAAAGGAGACUCGAGUCCUGGAUGCUGCAAAAGUAGCCGAGGUUGAGGCCCAAGGCCCAAAAGACCCGUUCUUUGCAUCCAAAGGGAAAGGUUUAUCAAGUCGCAAAGAUGGUCCCUCGGCUCAGUACAUUGGAUGGAGAGUUGCCACUUCCAUGUGCCAUCACUUCUUGCCACCAAUAGGUCCAGAUAUCCCUUUGCCAUGCCCGCCUAUACAGAAACCACUGUUGAUACACCGAGAAUCAGAACCAGUGUUUAAGGAGAAGAAAGCCAAACGUCUGUCUUUAAGGGAAGAAAUUUUGCGAGCUGGGGUGCCAAAAUCUCCCUAUCCUGAUUACUUUACCCGCAUAGAUAUGGAACUAAGGAGAAUCAUUGAUAAUCAGUGGGAAAAGGAAUUGCAUCUCCGGCUUAAGCUAGAAGAAAAACUCUUGGAACUAGAGCUUAAAGAGAAACAAAAACUGGAAGAGGAGCGCUUCAAGCAAAUAAUGAAAUGGCGAUUUGAGAAGCUGCACAAGACAACGAAACCAUAUGAGCUUCCCUUUAAGCAUGAAGAUGACGAAGAAUUGGCUGAGGCAAGCAGCAGCAGUCAGCUGUCAAGUCCAACUGUCACAAACCUGGACAUCAGCUCUCUUAGAGGCUCUCCCUUCCUGGAAAAUAUGUGUAACAAACCCUAGAUCUUUUUUUUAAAAUAUAAAGCCUGGAGUCCUGAGUACAGGGGGGUAGAAUGGAAGGAGUGCGCAAACAUUAUCCUUAUGAUGUUCCACUGUGUGUUUAUUGGAGUAAAAUAGAGUCAGGAACAGUCUGGGGGAGGAAGGCAGCUUGAGACUGAUUUUGAGUGUAAAAACAGCUUAUGGGAACUAAGUUACACAUUCUUUCCCAUCCCACUGCUUCUUUGUUCAAAUUGCAACUCCCUUGGACUGAUUUUCAAUAAAAGCAACAAAAAAGCAUUGAACUUCA